ACUACCUGUUGCAACCUUCUCCCACCUUCCACUUCAUCCAUGUUGCAUCUCGACGUUUGCAACCAAACCCAGCACGAAGAGAUGGCUGCUGCUGCUGCUGCCCCACCCUUGGAGCCCGACACUUUUGAUUCCGACUCUGCAAUCUCGGCGGUCGCCAACAUUAGCACCGAUUCGCCUACGCCAAGCGUCGUGACCUUUGAGGAGGAAAAUGGCAGGACUUACCAUUCCAUGAGCCCCGGGAAGUACCCAUUUCCCAACGACACUAUUGAACAGGAGCGCCUCGCGCUUCAGCACCAGAUCUGGGACGUCACCCUGAAUCACAAGCUCUGCCUGUGCCCGAAGAACUAUGGUAGGGCCAAGAACGUGCUCGACGCUGGCACCGGCACCGGACUCUGGGCGAUUGACUAUGCGGACGCACACCCCGAAGCCAAGGUCACCGGCGUUGACCUGAGCAGCAUACAACCGAAAUGGAUACCCCCAAACCUGAGCUGGGAAAUGGACGAUCUCGAGAUGGAAUGGACAUGGCCCCAGCGAUUCGAUUUCAUCUUUGCUCGAAUGCUAGUCGGAAGUCUCUGCGACUAUCAAGACUUUGUGAACAAGGCCUUCGAUAACCUCGAACCGGGCGGCUAUCUUGAGAUGCAGGACAUGUGCCUACCCUACCGCUGCGACGAUGGCACUUUGACUAAUGACAACCCGAUCAAGAGACUGUCCGACGUUUUCACUACGGCAGGGAAAGUGUCGGGACGCCGCAUGGACCUGGCCUGGACCUACGCUACCCUCAUGCGCAAUGCUGGUUUCGUCGACGUGGUGGAGACGCAGUACAAGUGGCCCGUCAACGGCUGGCCUCGCGACCCCCAUUAUAAGACCCUAGGGGUUCUGACGCAGCACAAUCUGGACCACGGCCUGGAGGGACUCACGCUUGGUUUGACUACGAGAAACCUGGGGUGGACCAGACAGGAGACGCUCCUGUUCUGCUCCGAAGUGAGGAAGGCGCUGAAAAGCCACGGUGCACAUGCUUACGCUCCCAUAUACGUCAUUUAUGGGAGGAAGCCGGAAGAGACGGCCCAAGAUGACCAAGAUGGCCAAGUCCAUGUCGAUAUGCCACCAGAUAUCCAUUAGAUGAGUCGGGGCAUGGGCGGAUAAAAGGUAUGUGUUGGUGGCACAACAUCUUCUUCCGGGCGUUUCGGUCAGAGACAACAACCAUGGGGCUUGAUUUGUCAUGUAAACAAGGGCUGCAUGGGCUAUAUUAUGGACCGGGUGGAGGGUAGAAGGGGUUAGACAAAAAUAAAAGAAAAUGUAUCAUGUGAC